UAUCUAUUGAUAUAUGCUAGAGAAACGUAGAGUGACUUAGAAAAUAAAACUGUAUGCAGCUUUAUCACAAAAUGAAGAUGCAAGUUCCAAUGUAAAAAAAAGUUAAACAUAAAAAUUGAAAUGAACAUUUUGGAAACAAUGACAUUUUAUCUACAAGUGUUUUAUUAUAUGAGAACAAUAUGAAUUAUUACCAGAAUAUAAAUAGUUGCAACAAAAAUUAUGACAAAAAUGAAGAGCAUAAUGAUUUCAAUACCAGAUUAAAAUUUAUCGAUACUCAAGAUACAAAUUCCAUUGUAUUGAAUAAAAAUGAUUAUGAUCCAGAGUAUGAUAUGGAGGUCAAUAAAUUAUUGGAAGAAGCUGAAAAGGACUUUUUGUUAAAUGAAAAUUCAAAUGAAAAUUCAAAUGAAAUUGUUGCAAAUGAAACAAAGUACAGUGAUGAUUAUGAAAAUUUUAAAAGCAAAAAAUUUGAAAAUUAUUUAAAUGAUUUUUUUGAGAAUGAUGAAGAUAACAAUAUUCCAGAACAAUAUGAUCAACUGAUUCAAACUAAAAUUAAAGAAACUAAGUCACGUUUAGAGAUUUUAAAUACUUUAAUUUGUUAUGCAUAUACUAAUGAUUCAACAAGAGAUCAAAUUAUCAGAAACGAAAAAAAUGAUAAUACAACAUUUUGCAAACUUGAUUAUCCAAUGCAUCCACCAUUUUGUAGAACUUGGCAAAAUUAUUGGAGAUUUAAUUGUAUUAUUAAGUGUAAAUUAAAUUCGUUAGAUCCAUGUCAUGAUCAUACGUUCAAUUGUAAAAUGUUAUUACUUCAACAUGUUAACACAGGAAUUACAACUAAAAGUGAUCAUAUUAAUCGUAAUGAAUUUCCUGAGUAUGUCAUGCAUGCUGUUGAGUUGUUUCAAGAGUUUGCAAUUAAAACUUAUAAUAAAUCGUCAUAUUUUAAACAAGAAAGAACAUCUUCCAAAAAAAUCCAUGAAAAACCGACAUGGAGCUAUAUAAAAUUAAGAAGUAAUUACAAGAAUGAAUUAAUGUUAAUCGUUAGUGGAAAAGGUAUAACUCCAUUAAUGGAACCUUUAAGGAAAUAUUUUAAUCGUGGGCCUGGAAGAAGUUGUAAUGUUGUCUCAUUGUACUGUAUUAAUGCAAGAUCGAUGAAAAGAAAACAGCAAUUGUCUCCAUUACAUAUUACAGGUUGUUUCGAAUUAAGAGACAAAAUUGGACCAAUUGAAAUUAAUUAUAAUCCAAAAACAAAUAUAAGUUUCAAUUCUGUACAAGCGUAUCUGCUAGGCGAAAUAAUGUUGGAGUAUUUAUCACCAACUACGGAUACAACUUUAAUUGAUUUAGGAUGUAAUUAUGGUGUUCUAAGUCUCAUGUUAGCCCAUAAAUUUGAUAAAGUUAUUGGACUUUAUACACUUGACUACCAGAUAAAAAUAGCCGAAGAUAUAAAAUCCUAUAAUAAUUUAUAUAACACAUCUUUUAUUAUUUGCAAUCCAAAAGAAGUAGAGAGUAAAUGCUCAUCUUUAAUUAAAAGAUGCACAUCCGUUGCUGUCCUUAAUUUGGCCUCACCGUAUGGAAAGAGUUUUGAUGCCAUAAAGUCUUUACGCGAUUUACCAAGCAUUUGGAGAGUAGCUGUAUAUGGCUCAUUCACAACAGAAUUUCAUAAAUAUAUUGUAACUUUAACAUCAAAAAAUGAAUUUAUGGGUACCGAGUUUCUACCAAUGCGGUGUAGAAUCUUAGAUAAAUCUCCAACAAAUCCUAAUGAAUUUGAUAUUAUCAUUCUAUUUGAAAGAAAUGCCUUAAUUGAAUCAAAAGUAGAGCUGAGUAAUACUGAUCCAAUACUUAAUGCUAAGACAAAUCUAGAUCAUUUGACUUCCAAUCGUGACAAGCCAGAGCUAAAAUUACCAAUAAAAAAUGAUGAGAAUUUUUAUAAGAUUAACCAUCUUAUACAAAAUUUGCCUUGUAAUUCUUUUUCAAAUUCUACUUGUUUAUCAAAUGUCGAUAAAUUUGUUUCAAACUGCAAAUCUAAUUUAUCAAUAUUGAAGGGGUUAGAUUCAAAAUUUUUUUUAAGCGUAGAAAGCAAAUAUAAUCAACCACUUCAAUCUGCGUCUAUGGACAAUUAUUCUAAGCCGAAGGAUUCCAAAAGAAAAUUUGAUGGUACAUUACGAAAACCAGCACAAAAACAGUCAAACAUUUUAUUUACCUCAAAAUUUAGGGACAAUCGAUUUAAGUCGAAUGUAUCUUUUAAGUCCAAUAAAAAACAAUCUAAUUGCAUAAAGGAGAUUAAAAGAAAAAAUGUCCAGAAUCGCUCGUCAGUGCUUAAAAUCGAAAAGAAUCAGUUCAAUUAUUUAGAUAAACAGAAUGUCAAUAUUAGAUCGUUAGAUUUAGAUUCAGAAAGAGAAGAUGGUGAAUUGAGCCCUGAUAGUAGUGAUUUAAAUCCAAAUGUAUCUUUUGUAAUGUCAGAAACCUCAGAUAUUAAUAGUGAGUCAGAGGCGAUUAAUAUUACAAAUCAUUCUUCGACGAAAUAUCAGACCAUAAAUCCAGAACUUCCUGCGUCUCCGAACGUUAGAAUAAAAACUGAAACUGUACCACCUAUCUCCAAUUCAUCGUUAGAUGGUUUUCACUUAAGCGUGAAACCAAUUCAAUCGUUUUUAUCAAGAAAAAAUUGUUCGAUCGGUAAUGAGCAAUCGACGCAAGCUCUAGAGACACCUGAAACAUUGCAUUUACCAAAAUGUUCACAAUCACUUGAAUCCACAAUGUUACCUGUUGCUAAUAUUAAGCAGGAAAAUACAGACAACGGAGACAUCGUUAAAAAAGAAAAAGAAAACGAUGCGAAUGACAAUAAAAACAGUGCAGUUAAAGUAAAAAUUGACAAAGAAGUCAUGGUAAAAAAGGAGCUUAAAAAAUUUAACGAAAAAGUAUCAAAAGAUGCAAAUAAAGGAGAUUCAGUUAUAGAUCUUCGAAACUGGAUUGAUAAACAUAAAAAUCUUCAAAAGCAGUUAGAUCGCGAUCGUGAUUAUUAUCAUAAACCAAAGUAUCGAUACAAUCGUUCGCCAUCGCUCACCAACAGAAGAUACAGAUCAGUGGCAUCAUCGCCAAAUCGAAAUUACAAAUUUUCCCCAUUACCUAGAUAUAGAUCGCCUCUAUCACCAAACCGAAUUUCCGACAGAAGAUGUAGAUCACCUCUGUCACCCAAUAGAAUGCCUGAUAGAAGAUGCAGAUCGCCUUCAUCGCCUAAUAGAUUUUGCGAUAGAAGAGGCAGAUCGCCGUUCCCAUUCAGUAGAUCUUUCGAUAAGAAAGGCAGAUCGCCUCUGUCGCCCAAUAGAUUUUACGACAGAAGAUGCAGAUCACCUAUGUCACCAGCGGACAAACGUUUUAAGAAAUCACCGCAUUCGCCAAGAUAUAGGCAAUCAUCUAGUUCACCAAUGGAAUGGAAGUACAGGAACUGGAAAAGAGCGAAAUCCCCGUUUGAAAAGAGGAGAGUCAAGUCGCCGGCGAUACGCAGACGCAGACCGAGAUCUCGAUCCCGGUCCCGGUCCCGGUCCCGGUCACGAUCACGAUCACGAUCACGAUCACGAUCACGAUCACGAUCACGAUCACGAUCACGAUCACGAUCAAAAUCACGAUCACAAUCACGAUCAAGAUCACUCUCACCGAUGUCAUUGCCAUCGCCAUCGAGACGAUUCUCUCAACCUUCUUAUAAUCAAUAUUCAAAAUUUCAUAAAACACAGAAAGCACCGGAAGAUUCACAUUCUUAUGCAACUUCGGAUAAGCAAGAUAAUAAAUCCAAAUGUGAUAAUCAGCAGAAUGAGGAGACUUCCAAAUCGAAAAAAAAUUGA